UGGGCAGCCUGAGCGGGCUGUGUGCUAAAUGCAACUUUGAACCAUGCCCUAUAAAUAGCUGUUCAUUGUCAGCGUGUGUGAAAAGACAAGAGUGGGUGUGUGGUGGUAUGAUUCAGGCCUAAUUAAGUAGUUGCGUCUGCGCAGGGUUACAAGGAAUAGCUGUUCCAACUGAUAAUCUAGUCAGUAGGCAAGGGGACGGUGUGCCUCUGACUGAACAUAGACUGAACGAAAGCUCUACCAUACUGGUUUUGUCUCCAACCAUGGCAAAAAUCAUCUUGAGGCACCUCAUAGAGACCCCAGUGCGCUACGAGGAGGAGUUUGAAGCUCGAGGUUUGGAAGACUGCAGGUUGGAUCAUGCUUUAUACGCCCUGCCAGGGCCAACCACUGUGGACCUGAGAAGAACCAGGGCAGCCCAGGUUCCUCCGGUGGACUCGGUGGCAGAGAUGCCAACCCAAGAAGGCAAAUCCCACUUCCAGAUCCUGCUGGAUGUGGUCCAGUUCCUGCCCGAAGAUAUCAUCAUUCAGACCUUCGAAGGCUGGCUGCUGAUCAAGGCUCAGCACGGAACCAGAAUGGAUGAGCAUGGUUUUAUCUCAAGAAGCUUCACCCGACAGUAUAAACUGCCAGAUGGCAUUGAAACCAAAGAUUUGUCUGCCAUCCUCUGUCACGAUGGAAUUCUGGUGGUGGAAGUAAAGGAUCCAGCUGGGACUAAGUGAAAUCUUACCAAUCCCUGUUCAGACGGCAGGAGGAAGAUUAUAGCUCAGCCAAUGGUACCACAGGAAUAUUUGUAUUAAUCAUAUUUGAGAUGAUUUUUAUGAAGAUUAAAAAUAGAGACAUAGUUCCUGGUAUGUUGAGGUUGUGUUUGUUAUUCUUACUCAAAGAGGAAAAUUGUUAAAAUGUUCUUCUGGUUCAAAGCAAUAUUAUUCUUACACCUGAAACAUUGACAGUUUAAGAGAGGACUUGGAUACUAGUAAAGACUCAGAACUGUUUCUUCAUUACUCCAAAAAUGCCACAGAAACUGCAUUUGUAAUAAUUGAUGGCAAAAGAGCCAUACGAAUUUCUCAUCCAUUUUAUGAAAACUUCUUAUAUUGCUAAAAAAUGUUGUGAUUCCCUUCACUUGACAAGCUUUUGUUUUCAAUGAAUUUUAAUUAAAGUGGAAUUUGUAAAUUCCAAAGGUCAAAAUAUAGUACUUAGAAAUCGGGCCUGAAAUAUAUUUGAUUCAUCACAGCUGUUACUGCCUUAAACAUAAUAUUUGAAUUUUCAGAUAUAAAUUUUAUUUUUAAAAGGUUCUAAAUAUGUACCUCAUUUUUUAAAAGCUGAACUGAGUCUUAUUUGAAUCUAUUUUUGACAACAGCAUAUGUUCUGUGGCUAUUUCUGCAAUAUUACAAAGAUAUAUGUUGACUCAGAUUCUUAUAAGUUUGUAUUAAGUUUAGGAGACCACUUUUAAAAGUGUAAUUACUGAACUGGAAGAAUUUUAAUCUAUGUUCUUUGAUGCUACUUAAAAUUUUAGAUUUCCGGAGACAGCAAAAUGUACCACAUCUGCUCUCUCUGCAUAAUCCUUAGCUUUAAAUAGCCUGGCAGGUAGUAGAGGUUUCCAGGCCAGAGCUUGCACGGGGGCUGAGAUGGGCUGAGACAUUGGUGGAGGUUAAGAAGUUGCUUUAGGAAUACUGCCAUCAGCAGCUGGUCUGUGACAUUCCACAGAUUUGCUAUCUCAUUCUGUACAUGCUAAAUAUUUCUUGGGAGGAAGUAGCCGCUUUAACCCACACCCCACGUGUGCUGCUGUGCACAGUGCUAGGAAUAGAAGGGGCUGGAAAGAACCAGGGUGGACGCAGGCCACUGAUGACACCCCUGUGCUCCUUCACAGUGCUUGUCGUUUGAGUGAAAAUGCAAGAGACAUGAAGCAAUAGAAAAAGAAAUCAAACAGUUCUGAAAGUAGUUUUGAAAGCAAAUGUGAUCGGAGAGAUUUGUUUACAAUAUAAUUACAAUUGAAAGGAUUUUGAAGCUCUGUGUUAAUGCUUAUACACUGAAGUUUGUGUAUCUGAGAAAUUUUGUUUGAAAAAGUGAAUAUAACAGACCAGCUUUGCUACAUUAUCAUAAUUAAUUAUCAUAAUUAUUAUCAUAAUUAAUGGGAUUACAUUUAGAGCAGGGAUAUCAUUUGUCCCAUAUUAGAUUAUUCUCUUUCCCAGUGAUUGUCAGGAUGGUGUGAAAACAAAGUAGUACUUUGAGAGACCAAUCAAUAAGCAAAAAAAUCCCUCUCAUUUGGCCUGAAUCCUACUUUAGAUGAGAUCCUACUUCUGGGAAAAUUCAAUAAGUAAAAUUGUUUUUUAAAGAUUUUAUUUAUUGGGGUGCCUGGGUGGUUCAGUUGGUGAAGCAUCUGCCUUCAGCUUAUGUAAUGAUUUCAGGGUCCUGGGAUCCAGCCCCCUCCUUGGGUUCCCUGCUCAGCGGGGAGUCUGCUUCUCCCUCUGCCUCUCCCCCUGUUCGUGCUCUCUCUCAUAAAUUAAAAAAUAUUUUAUUUAUUUAUUUGAGAGAGAGAGAGAGUGAGUGUGCAUGCCCGGGGUGGGGUCAGGGG